AUGAAUCAAAUGCAAAGGCUUCUCUCUGCUCGUCGGUUAUUACCUCCUUCACUCCUACCUCCGUCGUGUUUCCUUCACCGGCGGUGGUUCUCAACCUCAGAAACCGAUGCUUCUUCGCCAUCAUUGCCCUCUACGCAUCAAAAGAUCCAAACUUUCGAAGGCAGAGCUUCCAACAAAAGCACAGCGUCGACAACUUCUUCUCUCAAUGAACACGAACUCGCCAAAUUCUCCGCCAUUGCUGAUACUUGGUGGCAUUCUGAAGGACCAUUUAAGCCGUUGCAUUUGAUGAAUCCAACUCGUUUGGCUUUCAUCCGCUCCACCUUAUGCAGGCACUUCAGUAAGGAUCCGAGUUCCGCUAGGCCUUUUGAAGGUCUGAGAGUUAUUGAUGUAGGCUGUGGCGGUGGAUUACUUUCCGAGCCUCUAGCACGGAUGGGAGCAACUGUUACAGGAAUUGAUGCUGUUGAUAAGAAUGUUAAAAUUGCUCGUGUUCAUGCUGAUAUGGAUCCAGUGACUUCAACGAUUGAAUACCAAUGUACUACAGCAGAAAAGCUAGUGGAUGAGGGGAGGACGUUUGAUGCUGUUCUUGCCUUGGAGGUCAUUGAGCAUGUAGCGAACCCUGCAGAGUUCUGCAAGUCGUUGUCAGCAUUGACCAUUCCCAACGGAGCCACAAUACUUUCUACAAUUAACCGCUCUAUGCGAGCAUAUGCAUCAGCCAUUGUUGCAGCUGAGUACAUUCUACAAUGGCUUCCUAAAGGCACACACGAGUGGUCAAGUUUUUUAACUCCUGAAGAACUUACUAUGAUAUUACAACGCGCUUCAAUCGAUGUGAAGGAGAUGGCUGGAUUUGUGUACAAUCCGAUAACAGGAAGAUGGUUACUGUCAGAUGACACAAGUGUGAACUUCAUCGCUUAUGGAACGAAAAAGAAUGAUCUUGGAGAUAUCUGA